AUGACCACCAAUAUCUUCAACCCGGAGUACCGCCGGGCGAUGAUCUUCUGCGGCGUCGCCGUCAUCGGCGCUGUCCUCUACGGGUACGAUGGGACGUACUACACGUCCAUCCUCGAGAUGGACAAGUUCAAGCACGACUUCGGUGAACGUCAGGCGGACGGGACGUACGACAUCACCAGUACCAUUCGCUCGGUGACCACCUCCAUCGUCCAGGCCGGUGAAGUUGUCGGUGCUCUGUUCGCUGGCCCGAUCGGUGACUGGGGAGGCCGUCGCGCGGGUAUCCUUGCCGCCUGCAUGCUCGUCACCCUCGGUGUUGUCCUGCAAAUGAUCGUGGCAGGCAACGUUCCCCUCCUCGGCGUCGGUCGCGCCGUCCUUGGUAUGGGUAUCGGUGUCAUCUCCAACUCGGUCCCUCUCUAUCUGUCGGAGAUACCCCCCGUGGCCAUCCGUGGUUCCGUUGUCGGUAGCUGGCAGCUGAUGCUGGCUAUUGGACAAGUCAUCGGUGCCUGCGUCGGCCAAGGAACGCAUGCUAUGACCAACACGGGCGCUUAUCGCAUCCCUAUGGGCAUCAACCUCGCGUUUAUCGUUGUCCUCUCUCUCGGUGUCAUCUUCAUUAUCCCCGAGUCGCCUCGUUGGCUCAUCUCGAAGAACAAGAACGGUGAAGCGCUUGCUGCUCUCCAUCGCGUGCACAAGGGCCAGUCGGACGAGGAUGCUCAGGUCGAGGAGCAGUACGACACGUACAUGAAGGCGAAGCAGGAGGAGGCCGAGUUGACCAACUCCGAGCCGAGUCGCUGGAGGGACCUGCUCAAGGGCACCACGCGCCGCAAGUUCAUCUGCGCCGUUGGUAUCCUCAUCAGCCAACAAAUUGGCGGUGUGCAGUUCAUCUUCUCGUACACGACCACCUUUCUCGGAAACGUCGGCGUCGGCUCUCCGUUCAUCAUCACCAUCAUUGUGGAUAUUGUCGAAGUCCUUGGCGUCGUCGUCAGCUUCUUCCUCGUUAACCGCUUCGGACGUCGCCCACUUCUGCUCAUCACCAGCGCCUUCAUGACCGCCUUCCUCGUCAUCGUCGGCGCCAUGGGCUCCCUCAAGGGCCACCGCUCCCAGGGCGAAAACAAUCUCAUUGCCGCCGGCAUUAUCCUCUACGUGUUCUUCUUCAACUUGGCUUGGGGUCCCCUCGCGUGGGUCGUCGCCACCGAGCUCUCCGGCGGCAAGAACAGGCAGAAGAUCAUGUCCAUCGGCACGGCGUGCUUCUGGCUCUCCGCAUUCGUCGUCACGUUCACGCUUCCGUACCUGUACGACGCGACCGAGGCUGGGCUCGAGGCGCAGAUCGGUUACAUCUACGCCGGUGGCUCUGCGAUCGCGAUGGCGUUCGUCUACUUCUUCAUCCCGGAGACCCUCGGACGCAGUCUCGAGGAGAUCAACCACCUCAUGGACGCGCAGAUCCCUGCCCGCUCAUGGGCGGCGUACGACCUCGCCAAGGAGGUCGAGCGCGAGGUCAAGACGAAGGGCGACCGCCCCGAGGUCCAGCACGUCGAGAAGGUCUCCUCCAAGCAGGAGGUAUAA